AGUUAUAUACUUUGUUAUUUGUUUAUAUCUGUCUUGCAUUGUUACUGAUUUUAUUUCUUUAACAGUUCUCGCGCAAGGUGGUUACGGCGAUGGCGAAGUGCAUAGACGCCUUCCAGAGUGAGCUCGUGCGGAUGAGGAAUGUGGCUUACUGUCGGCGCGACAACACUGUUCAGGAGGGACAGCCUAUUCCUUUCCAUACUCGGAUGAGACCUGAGGUUCGGAGAGAGCCGGCUAGGUCUAGCUCAAGGCGUUGCCGCACUACUUCUGGUGGUUGGGGUGGCCGAUCAGAUGUUGCCCGUACCGAGGCGGUAGAGGGCUCAGGCUCUUCAUCAGAGAGUGCACAUGCUGGGCCGAUAGGCCAGGGAGAGGCGACUUUAGCUCCGAGAGGUGGUGGGACGUACGAGGUGGCUCAUCGUCGCAGCAGCCUCCAUAACCUCCGCCUCUGCUUAUUCAUCACCACGGCGACCUUGGGCGGACGGGCCCUGAGUUGAGCUUCCCUCCUCCCGGAGAGGCUAGAGCUGGUGGAGAGCAUACUCCUCGUUCUACGCAGUUCUUUGACAUGAUGAACAUUCCUCAUCAUCUGCGUCCUCCAGCGCCGUAGUUGUACCUAUGUUGUUAUUUAUUCUGACUUUUAUAGGACUUUGCCUGACUGACACAUUUGUUAGACAUAUUUUGUACAUACAUAUUAUUAUCUAUUAUGAAUGUAUUAUUUUUACAUUUA